CUCCCCCCCCCUUCUCGCGCUCUCCCCCUCCCCCUGCCCAGAGCCAGCAGCCGGGAUUUCAGUAUUAUGGCAUCGAGGAGAAUGGAGACCAAACCCGUGAUAACGUGUCUGAAAACCCUCCUGAUCAUCUACUCCUUCGUUUUCUGGAUAACCGGUGUUAUCCUUCUUGCUGUUGGUGUCUGGGGGAAGCUGACUUUAGGCACCUAUAUCUCUCUUAUUGCUGAAAAUUCCACCAAUGCCCCAUAUGUUCUCAUCGGGACAGGUACCACAAUUAUUGUCUUCGGACUGUUUGGGUGUUUCGCAACAUGCCGCGGUAGCCCAUGGAUGUUAAAACUGUAUGCUAUGUUCCUGUCUCUGGUCUUCCUGGCUGAACUAGUGGCUGGCAUUUCAGGCUUUGUAUUUCGCCACGAGAUCAAGGACACUUUUCUUAGGACAUACACUGAAGCCAUCCAGAAUUACAACGGAAAUGAUGAGAAGAGUCGUGCAGUGGAUGACGUACAACAGAGUCUGAGCUGCUGUGGAGUCCAGAACUACACCAACUGGAACACCAGCCCAUAUUUUAAUGAGCACGGCAUUCCCCCAAGCUGCUGCAUGAAUUCCAGUGAUUGUAACCCUUUGGACCUCCGCAACAUGACCAUUGCUCCUACUAAAAUAAACCAGAAGGGCUGCUAUGAUCUCGUGACUAAUUUUAUGGAGACAAAUAUGGGAAUCAUAGCCGGAGUGGCUUUUGGAAUUGCAUUCUCACAGUUGAUUGGAAUGCUGUUGGCAUGCUGUCUGUCUCGAUUUAUUACUGCCAAUCAGUACGAGAUGGUGUAACAAGGGGUGUGAUGUACAGCGCCUGUUUUCAAUCAGGAACUGGAUAACUCUUGGAAGACUUCUUAAGAAUGUUAGAGCACACAUACACAACUACACAUCUGCAUACACACACAUAAAGCCACCAACUUCUAAACUCUGUACCAUGCGUAGUGUACCAUUCCGUGAAGUACUGUCGUGCCACAAAAGUAGCCUGAAUCAUUCAGCAUCCAGUACUGUACACUUCAUCCUGAAGGCUCUGCAUAUGAUGGCACUAUAUGUAUGUUCUUGGUCAGACUGUAGUUGCAUCGUAAAGUUAACAGAGGUAAUUCAUUAACAACAAUGACUGGGCUGUGCAUGUAGUGACAGGGGGGCGUAAUUAGCCUUUCACUAUGGUUAAUAAAUGUCGCACACAUCCAUAUUAAACCUGUAUACAAUAUAUAUAUAAAUAUAUAUAUAUAAUUUGGUUUAUUAAAUUUGUAAUUUCUUGGUUUUGUUUACUGCUUUACUAAGGUUUUUCAGUCUACCUACCCCCCUGAGAACAACUGCCCCAAAUAAGAAGAAAUCAAUUAUAGAACAUGUGCAAAUACUUGAAAAAAUGUCCAAAAUCUGCUCAAGGGAAAUUGUUCUUUUGAUGUUCUGCUGCAUCUUUGAUCUUUAAUCAAUGUUGUAGUGCGUAUGCCAACAGGCCUUUGUCUAGUGCAUUUUGCCUCUGAAUCUGAACCUGUGUAAUACUGUUACUAAGCUGUGUUGUUCGCUUAUUGUGAAGCCAGUAAUUUUUGCUUCCUUUUUAUUAAAUAAUUAUGAGUUAAUCAAUUUGUGCUGUAAAGCAACAUCAUCCCCCGCACCACUUUUUCCCCUUUCUUCUAUUCUCCUUUUGCAUUGAAGUUAUCACCAAGUACAUUGUCAAAUCAAUCAAACUUUAAAAAAAAAAUAACAGAGUGUGUGGAAUAUUUUUGGGGGUGGGCAGCAAAAGUUUAAGACCUUUUUAAAAAAAGAAGAAAAUUUUUUAAUAAGGCCUCUGUCUAGCAUGCCAACAAGAAUGCAUUGAUAUUGUGAGUAUUUGUGAUAUACAUAUUAAUAAAUGGAACCAUUACGGAUUC